AUGUUCGACGAGCUUCGCAAUUUUACUCGCAGCGGUGACUUCGGUGGUUUCCUUCCUGGAAUGAAGCAGAUAGCUAAUGUUGCUGCCCUACCUGGAAUAGUUCACAACGAGUCGGGUAAAAUUAUCGCUAUAAUUUUCGAUUUGGUGUUUCGAUUUGUUCCUAGUUUUCACAUUUUCGGAUUUUCCCCUUUUCAGCGCUCUGUUGGUCUUCCAGAUGUGCAUUCUGGUUACGGAUUCGCAAUCGGUAACAUGGCUGCUUUCGAUCUGUCGGAUCCCAAAGCGGUUGUCUCCCCUGGUGGUGUGGGCUUCGAUAUCAAUUGCGGUGUGCGAUUGAUACGUACCAAUUUGACUAUGAAAGAUGUACUUCCCGUGAAGGAAAAACUCACACAAACAUUGUUCGAUCACAUACCGGUUGGUGUUGGUUCCAAGGGGGUCAUUCCGAUGAAUGCACAAGCGUUAGAAGAAGCCUUGGAGAUGGGCAUGGAUUGGUCCCUUCGACAAGGUAACUCAUGUUUCCCUUUCCCUUUAGAUUCCAUGUUUUAUCUAAAGUAG